AUGGAUGAAACACCAAACAUCGUCACCAGCAACAACAACCAACGACCAACGACGUCGGCAUCAACUUUUGUAUUGACUACAUUGUAUACGCAAUAUAUGUUCCGUCCCUGGCCGCUGGUAGGACACUUCUGCUCUCGUCUUGCCCGUGUGUCUAGGUCUACUCUGCUGCUUCAGCGUGAUACACAGCUCCGCCAACUAUACCAACUAGCCCCCCGCCAGAAACAAACAGACCACAGAUUCUUCUCCUCCAACCCAGUGUCCUGCAAUAUGUCUGGCCUGUCUGCAGAGCUCACAGCGCCCAAUGGCAGGAAGUACACCCAGCCAUUGGGACUAUUCAUCAACAACGAGUUUGUUGCCGCCAAAUCAGGACAGACGAUUGUAUCGGUCAAUCCCACUGAUGAGACGGAAAUUGCCACUGUGCAUGCUGCCGGCACGGAGGACGUAGACAUCGCCGUCAACGCCGCCCGAGCAGCCUUGAAGCAUCCCUCAUGGAAGGAUUUGUCAGGAUCCGACAGAGGACGGAUGAUGGUUAAACUAUCUGAGCUCGUCGAGCAACAUGCAGAGACUUUGGCCACUAUUGAAACAUGGGAUAACGGAAAGCCAUAUUUGGUCUCCUUGAACGACGAUGUAACUGAAGUUGCAUCUGUCCUGAGAUAUUAUGGCGGAUUUGCCGACAAGAUAGAAGGUAGGACUAUCAGCACGACUGCCAAUAAGUUUGCCUACACGUUACGCCAGCCCAUCGGCGUCGUGGGCCAGAUCAUCCCGUGGAACUUUCCUUUGGCAAUGGCUGCCUGGAAACUGGGCCCAGCUUUGGCAUGUGGAAACACAGUUAUUCUUAAAGCUGCAGAACAGACUCCUCUCAGUGUAUUAUACCUUGCAGGAUUAGUGAAGGAAGCAGGAUUUCCCCCUAGCGUUGUUAACAUCCUCAAUGGAUACGGUAAGGAGGCCGGCACCGCCAUUGCAUCCCACACCGGUAUCGACAAAGUUGCCUUCACUGGUUCUACAGCAACGGGCCGUGCUAUCAUGAAAAUGGCUGCGGCUAACCUGAAGAACAUCACUCUCGAAACCGGUGGCAAGUCGCCACUGAUUGUCUUCGAUGAUGCAGACAUUGAUCAGGCUGCAAAGUGGGCUCAUACCGGUAUCAUGUAUAACAUGGGCCAGGUCUGCACCGCCACAUCUCGUCUCCUCGUCCACGAGGGUAUUUAUGAUCAGUUCGUAACAAAAUUCAAAGAGGUCAUUGCGUCGACCAGCAAGAUUGGCGAUCCAUUUGCAGAGGACACAUUCCAGGGGCCCCAGGUGACCAAGGCCCAGUACGACCGUGUGCUUUCAUAUAUUGAGGCCGGCAAAUCCGAGGGUGCAACACUUGCUACAGGAGGAGUGCCACACCAGAAAGUUGGCAAUGGCAAGGGUUACUUCAUUGAACCAACAGUGUUCACCAAUGUGACAGACAACAUGACAAUUUACCGGGAAGAAGUGUUUGGCCCCUUUGCCGUAGUCACCAGCUUCAAGACGGAAGAGGAAGCCCUGGCCAAGGCAAAUGAUACCACGUACGGUCUAGGCGCCGCAGUAUUCACUCAAAAUAUCGAGCGUGGUCACAGGGUGGCCAGUGGUAUCGAGGCUGGCAUGGUCUGGAUCAACAGCAGCAACGACAGUGACUUCCGUGUGCCAUUUGGCGGUGUCAAGCAGUCGGGUGUCGGGAGGGAACUUGGCGAAGCUGGCCUCGAGGCAUACUCCCAGGUUAAAGCCGUCCAUCUCAACAUGGGCACAAGAUUGUGA